UUCUAAAUAAAACGCUUGGCUGCAGUGUGUCGGCUCUUACGGUACUCGCUAAAGAAAAGCAAAGAUGGCAGGGGAGGUGACGCAGGAGACCAUUGACAAAUAUGUCGCUCUUGACAACAAGAUUCGCUUGCUGGAGAACAAGAACAUUCGUAAAACAUACGACAGCAUCAAGAAACGCUACGAUGCGAUAGUUCUCUCGGUGCAGACCUUAAAGAAAAAAUAUGAGGAGUGCAAAAAACAGACGGCUAAAGAGAAAGCCGACGUAGAUCAGCUGGAUAUUAAGUCCUUCCUAAAUCAAGAAGCUUUUGACAAGUCCAUGUCUAAAGAAAAGGCCGAGUAUUUGGAGGCAUUAAAUAGGGAGGAGCUGAUCAAGAAGCAGUUGGACACAAUACAGCCUCAACUUGGCGAUAUGGAGAAGGAGCUCAAUAGAGAGAAAGGAGGCAUCGAGGAGCUCGAAAAGAUGUGCCAGGAGCAGGAAGACCUACUGUCUAAAAUUUUUGACGGCGCUUAUGGAAGCGAGCUCGAGAACAAACUGGAGAGUGAUCUCGACCUAGUCAGAGAGAAGCGACAGAGGAUCGGCAACGCUAAGUAUAAGUGGACCAAUGGGAGGAUUUUGUUGGAGCAUGCUUGUAACCAGCUCGCCUUUGCCAACAAACGCUGGGCCGACAUCAAAAAUACCUCACUAAACAUGCAGGAGAAAUACGGAAUCGCCACAGAAGCUCGUAACAACCUGAUCGCAGCGAUACAGAACCUGCAGAGUUGUCAGAAAUACCUGGACAACAUCGACUUCCCGUACUGCAAGCCCAACGAGGUCCAGACGCUGGAGAAAGCGACCAAUAACAUCUAUGUAGACAUGCAGUCGCCCGACCGUCACAAACAUGCAGGGGAGUGUUACAACGUCACGCAUCGACGAGCAGCUGCACUUCUCCAAUGGUUUGAUAAUGUGAUUAAUACAGUUAUAGAGAAGGACAUCAUGGAAUCGACGAAGGAAGAGGCCGAGGCCAGUAAGAAGCUGAGAGCCGAGAGGAUCAAACUGCUGAAAGAGAAAGUAGAGGCCCAGGGAAUGGGCGGCCAAGUCCAGAUAGACGACUCAGAAUUGGCGAUGUGCGACGGUGAAGAGGAGGAUGUUGAGAUCCAAGCGGUGAUAUUCAAGGCGGACGGAGAGGAUGAUAACUCGCUACGCCCCGCACAGGACGUUCCCCCCGCCCCCACACCGGUCCCUCUUAGUGAGCUGGCCCCACCCCCCAACAACGAGGCCCUGUUUGGUAACAUCGAACAGUUGAAGAAACAGCACGAGAAGGAGAUCAGUGAUUUCCAGAAGGCUCAAGAAAUGAACAAAGCUCGCCUACAACAGGGCUUGGAAGCCAAACUCGCGGCCCGCCGCAACAGGAGAACGAAAAACACUCCCGAAUAAUUUUGAUUAGGACCUGUAUUAUGGAGAGCCUGGUAGAUAAUCAGUGACAGACAUUACUUUAUCAAUGCACUACCAACCCAAAAUUGGAAAUGUUAACCCCAACCCCUCAACUUUUUACCUUGUAUCUCAAACUUAUUGCUUAAUAUUAGUUAUGAUUUGUAUGAUAUUUUUUUUUUUUUUUUGCCUAAAUUAGAAGCUGUUCCGUUUUUUGUUUUUUUUGCCCCAUGUACAAGUGUGAAUUUCCCAUGUACAAGCUUGUACUUGUUUUUACAAUACAAAUAUUAACCUAUAUAUUUAUUUUUUUAUAAACAUUUUAUUUGUUUUAUAUGUUUUAUUUCUACAACUUAAAAGUGUAAUAGGUAUUGGGUACCUCAAUGAUAUACCCUCCUAUACACACCUCACCUCCCUGUAACCGAUGCUUUUCAUUUUCUUGUUCUUAUAUACAUGUGUAGUAGUCGGUAUUGUACAGUCCUAUUAUUACUUUAUAACAGGGUCAACAUUAAUAUUUUGGGAUUCAUUCAAGCUGUAUCAUCCCUGUGCACACUUACAUUAGAUGUUUAAAGAAAUUACUGUGAAAAUUAUUCAACAUUACAUGUAUUUUUCUGAGAUUCAAUGAAGGUGUCUCAUUACUUUGAGCACUCACAUGAGAUUUUCAAAGGAUAUUCAUAUAUCUCAGUAUUAAGAUAAAUGAAGUAGUGUAAUUGUUUGCAUCAGUGUGAGGAGAAAGUUAAUAGUCUUUAACAAGUUAUGCUAAUUAAAGUAUGUAGACAAAGUUACAUAAAUUAUUAAGAAUAUUGAUUUACUUCAUUAAAUGUAGUAUAUUUUAAUAUUGUUUGAUGAUUUUUUUUUCUGGUGAUCUCAUGAAACAGUUAUCACUUCCUAAAAAGAAUUAUGAUUUUGAUCCAGUUUUAUAAACAACUUAUUUUAAUUUCGAAUUGGUCAUUCGAGGAUCAGAGACGAAUUAAGAGGACUAGAUGGUCAUGGCCAAGAUUUGAAUUUUAUCUCCUUUUAUAGAAGAGCUAUGAAUACAAAGAAAAUUACUCAAAUUUAAAGGUCAAUGUAUUUAUGGAUUUGAAUUUUUUUUAGUAUUAAAUCUAAAUACUAGCAAUACUUUAUAACUAAAGAAUUCAUAUCUAACAAUUUAAAGUAAAGGUCAAUGUAUUUAUGGAUUUGAAUUUUUAGUAUUAAAUCUAAAUACUAGUAAUACUUUAUAGCUAAAGAAUUCAUAUCUAACAAUUUAAAGUAGAUUUGUUGGUUGUUUUAUUGACCACAAGUCUCCUAUGAAAUCUACAGAAAUCUAAGAAAUUCUUAACGCAUAUUCGAGAGACGAUGUGUAGAGACUGUUCACUAACAUAGUUGUGUUUAUCAGAACAAUGUAUUCAAUUUUUUUUCUGGUCCAGAAACGUUUUCCCCAAAGAUAAAUUUUAUUUUUUAUGCACUUGACAUAUCAAUUUAAUCAAGCCUUUGACAAAGAAAUGGAGUUUACCUCAUCACCUUUUGCAUGAUGUCAUAAGUGAUGUCAAUGAUGAGUUGACAGGUUUGUGAUGUAUCAUUACUGACAUUAAGUAAAAAUGUGAAAUAUUUUACACUAAACUUGCAUGCUGCAAUCAUGUAUAAAAUGCAUUUUAUUUUAUUUCUUUACAAGUUUCUGAGAUUUUUAUUUAAAUAUAUAGCAAUGAAAUGCCGUCCAUUUUUAUAUUGUACUCCAAUGUCAAACACAUGCGUCUAUUUGUCUACAGUGUUGUUUCAAAUUCCUGUUUUGAUUUUGUGAAGUAUAUGUUGUGAGGAUCUUGAAACUUGUUGUAUCUUCGACAUGAAAAUUCUUUGUAUACUGAUUUUGUAGAAAUCGAUAGAACUGAAAAAAAGAAUGUUGAACUUUAUUAAAACAUGUAUUUGGAGUUGUUUAUUUUGAUGUCAACUAGGUUAGAUGAAGGGAAAAUGAAUAGAUUUUAUGAAAAAAGUUAAAAAAAAAAAGAUCAAUUGGUUUUGCCUUUUAUGGGUUAAAAGUCUUGAAUAUUUUUAAUUAAGCAAUUAAUUUUAGAUCAUUACUAGAUGCAAUAAAUCAGAGAAAUCUUGGAUACUUUGUUUUUUAAAUAAAGGUCAAAUUUGUUACACAG